AUGUUUCCAGUUGAACCAGUUACCGGCAUGAAUAAAGUUGAAUGAAACGAAGACAAAAUUUCCCCUUUUUCGUAAAAAAGAAAAUUCAAAAACGGAAAAUUCAUUCGGUGUUUCAGUUUUCGAUUUUCAAUUUUCAAUUUUCGAUUCCGAGCUGUUGAAGGUGAAGCGAGAGUUGAAUUCUACGGAACUCUGGUUUUUUUAAUUUUUUUCUGUGUAUUUAUUUGAAUUUUUUCGACGAAAUCGAUGUCGACGACGCCGGAGAUUGGCGCAAUCUUGGAAAACUCGAAGGAGCUCGAUCGGUUAAGGAAAGAUCAGGAGGAUAUCUUGUCGGAAAUCAACAAGCUUCACAAAAAGCUUCAAGCCACUCCUGAAGUGGUUGAGAAGCCUGGAGAUACCUCAUUAUCUAGGCUUAAAAUGUUGUACACUCAAGCAAAAGAUCUUUCUGACAAUGAAGCAAACAUUUCCAACAAACUGAUAAGCCAACUUGAUGCCCUGCAUCCUCCGGGAGCACAAGGGCAGCAGCGAAGAAGAUUAGAAGGCAGUGAGCAGAAAAGAAAGCGAGUAAAGGCUGAUUCAGACAUUACAAGGUUAAAUCCUAGUAUGCGAAACCAACUUGAGGCUUGUGCCAGUCUUAAGGGUGAACAGGUAGCAGCUAGGGUGACACCACGUAAUGCUGAUAAGGAUGAAUGGUUUGUUGUAAAAGUGAUUCAUUUUGACAAAGAGUCGAAGGAAUUUGAAGUACUAGAUGAGGAGCCUGGUGAUGAUGAAGAGAGCAGUGGCCAAAGACAGUACAAGCUUCCCAUGGCAAAUAUCAUUCCUUUCCCCAAGAGUAACGAUCCUUCGAGCGCCCCAGAUUUCCUUCCUGGAAAACAUGUAUUGGCAGUCUAUCCAGGAACUACCGCACUUUAUAAAGCAACAGUUGUCCAUUGCCCUCGCAGGAGGAAGACAGAUGAUUAUGUGUUGGAAUUUGAUGAUGAUGAAGAAGAUGGAUCCUUACCUCAAAGGACAGUGCCCUUCCACAAAGUGGUUCCUCUGCCAGAAGGACAUCGCCAAUAAGUUUAAGCUAUUUGUAGUUGUUGUAUAAAGUAGAAACUAACCUAUUGCAGUGCCUGUUGUGUAAUAUUAUCCAUGUGUUAUUAUGGUUCCUUACAAUAACAUUGUAGUGUAAUUUUAUGGACGUGUGAAUGACAUUGCAGUUUAAUUUUA